AUGCAAACAAUGCUCAAGGAGUUGGCUCAACGAUACUGUAUGUACAGCAUCAGGUAACCGGGCGCAGGGUUUAAUUACAUGCUCCGUGGCCCAGACUGAACCGUCCCUGCACACACUGCCAGAUGCCUGGUCCCCAUGACAGAGUGUGUGUGUGUGACGUUCUCACCCACCAUUGUCCUUAGUAUUAAUGCGAGCUGGACAUGUCCUCGUGACAUGGCUUGAUUCAUUUGAGGAUGAGACACAGAUACUGAAUAGUUGAUGAGAUGGGAGGCGUACAGGGCCGGGGUGAGGAGAGGGAGGAAAAGGAGAGAGGGAGGGACUGAGCAGGAGAGGCGGGAGGAUCCACUCGCGCUCCACUCAGCUUCAGCUAGUCCAGGAGGCUGGAUGUGAAAAACACCUUGCGACCAAAGGAGGGAGGCUGGGACUGCUGGAGUCAGACGCAGUUCUCCCGAGAAGGAGCAGCUGUGGGGCGAGCGGUGGGUUGGUAGGAUGACCCGUGCUUUCGACUGAUCGGAGGGAACUGAGGAGUGUCCAUGGAGAAAUUCAAAGGUCCCACCACAGGAUUUACCAAGGCCACCUGUGGAUGGAGAGCUCUGCUUCUCCCGCAGCUGAACAGGCAGUCCCUGUACGUGUACGGCAGCGAGGUGGCCGUGGAGAAGGAGUGCAAGCGCCAGCUGGAGAGCGGAGUCUUCGUCAUUCACCCCUUCAGCCCCAUGAGGAGUUACUACAUCAUGGUCAUGAUGGCCAUCACCUUCCUGAACCUGAUCGGGAUUCCCAUGGAGAUCGCCUUCCUGGACGGCGACAGCGGGCUGGCGUGGGAGAGCUUCAACGUGUUCUCGGACACGCUGUUUCUGAUGGACGUGGUCUUGAACUUCCGGAUGGGCAUCAUAACGGAGGACGCCGAGGAAGCUAUUCUGGAUAUCAAAAAAAUCAGAGUCAGCUACCUGAGGACAUGGUUCAUCCCGGACGUCAUAGCAGCUUUCCCCAUCGGAUACAUCCUGCUGUUUGCGGACCUACACUACCACAACGAUGACAACCCAUCCAAGGCCAACAAGAUGAUGAGGAUACUGAUGUUCGUGCGGAUCCUCAGCUUGAUCCGGCUGGCUCGAGUGUCCAGACUGGUCAGGUUCUUCAACGAAGUUGAGAAAGUGUCAAAUGCAAACCUGGAGGUAGUUCGGCUCUUCUUCCGCAUCUUGUCUCUCUUCAUGAUGAUUUUUUUGCUGUGUCACUGGAACGGCUGCAUCCAGUACUUCGUCCCCAUGCUGGAGGAGUUUCCCACCGACUGCUGGGUUCGGAAGGAAAACCUGAUGAACUCCACAGUCAUCGUUAAAUACUCUUGGGGAGUUUUCCGAGCUCUCUCCCAGAUGAUUGCUCUCUCUUAUGGAUCCAUGGAUGCUCCAACAAAUUACAUAGAGAUGUGGAUCGUCAUGGUCAGCAUGGUGUCUGGCUGCAUGAUGUACACCAUCCUCGUAGCCAACGCUACAACCAUGAUCGCCAACCUUGACCCAGCAGCCAAGGAAUAUAAGAGCAAGAUGAGUCGCUUGGAGCAUUAUAUGACCUUCAUGAAGCUUCCACCAGAGUUGCAGCUUCGCAUCAGCAACUACUACCAAGCUCGCUACGGAGGGAAAUGGUUCGACGAGAAAUACAUAAUGGACACGAUAUCAUCAUCACUCAAAGAGCAAGUCCUGAUGGUGAUGUGCAGCAAGCUGCUGAAGAAAGUACCGAUGUUUCAGAACAGAGAGGAAACCUUCAUCAACGAUGUCCUCCUCAAACUACAUUACGAGGUUUUCCAGGAGGGAGACGUCAUUGUCCGACAGAACGUCCCGGGCGAUCGCAUGUUCUUCAUCGAUCACGGAGAGGCCGUGAUGGAGACCGAGUCGUACGAGAGGGAGCUCUGCGACGGAGACUUUUUUGGAGAGACGUGCGUGCUGACCAAAGGCAAGCAUCUGGCCACAGUGAAGGCGCUGACCGACUGCCAGUGCUUUUCCUUGUCCUGGGACGACUUUCAGGAGGCGCUUCGGAGUUUUCCGGACAUCAAGAAGGACCUAGAAAAGAUGGUCCUCGUCAACGCCGACGGCGAAGUUGUGUAAGAUACAAAAAAAAAAGUAUGAACUGUUUUUUCUGCGAAAGAAUCCGAAUCUAACCCUAUGCACUUCCGGGGCAUUUGGAUGGCUAAAGGAGAGCCAGUGAAGAGUUUUUUGCACAUGAAUGAAAGUUGAGCACCUUUUAAAUGCUACAAGACUAUGUAGAGUUUUUGCCUUCUCAUCCUCUAUUUAUCUACACCAAACAAAGACCUCAAUAUAUAGGGCAUUUGGGGUGUUUUGCCUUUUUUUUUUUUUUUUGCUGAACUAUUGCUGUUUAUUGCAAAAACAAAAAUACGUAGGAACUUAUUCUCUCCUGUCACGUUUUGGAGCUGAAACUUAUGGAAAAUGUAGUAUAAAUACCAUUUAGUAUUUAUACUAAAUGGAGAAAAAAGUGUUCAUUUCAUAACCAUGGAUGUCUCAUAUGGGUGGUUAACAACAGGCACAGUGCAGGUCAGAGGUUAUUAUGAGUAUAAAUUUUAUAUAUAUAUUUUUUUUCACUUCUGUAUUUCAUUCCCAAUUCGUGUAACAACUGAAAGAAAUCAAGAAUGAAAAGGAGGAGGGCAUGGAAUAAACUUAUAAUAUUUCUGCAGAUUUACAUAAAGAGAAAAUUAGCUAUUCAACUCAGACAAUAGUUCAAAUGUACACAAAAAAUACACAGGAAAACAUCAAGUUAUUCAGUGGCAUAUUGCUUCAUUGUAAUGAUUUUUUUCAGAUUUCUUUUAAGAGCAGAAACAGAUUUAGAUUUAGUGUUAAUUUCAUCUCACUGUCAAGAUUGUUCACAACUUUAAUUGAAACAAAAUGUUUCCAUAUUUACCGUUCUAACUAAUAAAAAAAAAAAAUCUCAAUUCCUCUUAAGUUGUAUUUGCUUUCCCUCUAUUGACUCGUGAAAUGUCAAUACGUUUUUUUUAUUGUUUUACAUUAUUAUU